UUUACUCUCAUAUUCUUAACUUGAUUGAGGAAAGUGAAAAUUUUAAUGCUUUUCAUCAACCACAUCUAUAUGAAUCCUGGAUCCACCCCUGGAUAAAAUUCAAGUUUCUUAGGUUAUCACCAAAGAGUACUUCAAGUUGGUGUACUCUUUGGUUAUCACACUGUAGGAUGAUGGUCAAAUUUCACAAACUUGCAAACUAGGUAUAUUUGACAACUGUUGUCAAGUUGAUUGAUCAAGUUCAGAUUUGUUUUGGAAGUUGAAACCUAUAAAAGGUACUUUUUACAACGACCUAUUAUUUUAUAUGGCGACGAGAGAGGCAAAAGUAAGUGAUUAUGCGGCACUUAUCCAUCUUCUGAAAGCAGCUUUAGGAACAGGUAUAUUAGCAAUGCCAGUAGCGUUUCACGGAUCAGGGUUAGUUUUAGGAAUUUUUGGAACCAUUGCAGUAUCCGUCGUAUGUACCCACUGCACCUAUAUAUUGGCUACUUCAGCAUAUCGAAUGCGUAUGAUAACCGGUAAGGAAGAAAUAACCUUCUCUGAGGUAGCAGAGGAAGCUUGUUUGAAUGGACCCCCGUGGGCACAAAAAUUUGCGACUACUGCAAGGAUAAUCAUUCUGGUUGGACUUUUCAUAUCGUACUUCAUGUUGGCCAGCUGUUACUGUGUUAUAAUGUCGGAGAAUUUCAAUUACGUUGUCAAUUACCAUUUGGGAUACACAAUUGAAAUAAGAAUAACCAUUGCCAUAAUGCUGGUUCCUCUCAUACUACUGGUGUACGUGCCAAAUUUGAAAUACCUAGUACCAUUUUCAAUGGUGGCGAAUAUUUUCAUGGCGAUUGGUUUAUUAAUUACAAUGUACUACAUCGUUGUAGAUCUACCACCAAUUUCCGAAAGAUACCUCAUAACUGCCGACAUCACUAGAUUACCAGUAUUUCUUGGCAUUACCAUAUUUGCCAUGCAGGUCAUUGGAGUGAUCAUGCCAUUGGUGAACAGUAUGGCAACACCUGAACACUUCACUGGUUUAUUUGGUGUUUUGAAUCAAGGCAUGUGUGGUGUGACAAUAAUCUACAUAAUCAUGGGGUUCAUGGGAUAUCUUAAAUAUGGUCCAGAAGUCCAUGGAGCUGUCACUUUGAAUCUUCCCAUUGGAGAUUAUGCUCCUCAAGCUGUCAAUAUCCUCAUUGGCGCAUCCAUUUUCUUCACAUUUGGAUUGCAGUUCUAUGUCUGUCUCGAGAUAGGAUGGAAUGCUGUGAAAGACCGUUACCAAAACAAUCCCCUAGUGGCAAAUUACAUACUACGAACUGUUAUGACGAUACUGUGUGUCUUACUUUCAAUAGCUGUGCCAAAAAUUGUUCCAUUCGUUGGCUUGAUUGGGGCCUUCUGUUUUUCACUACUUGGAUUAAUAGCACCAAUAUUGAUUGAAAUAAUAGCGUUUUGGGACGACGGUUUUGGAAAAUUUUACUGGAAAAUUGUUAAAGAUGUAUUUGUUAUUGUAACAGCAAUAGCAGCUAUAAUUUUCGGUUCCAAAAGUGCUAUUGAACAUAUAAUUGAAAUGUAUAAGGGAGAUAAUAAAGCCAGGAAUGAUACAAAAAGUUAGAUGUUAA